UAGUGAUGAUGAAUUUGAAAGUUACCACCCUUCUAUUGAAAUGCACUUUCAAAAUCCCUUUUCCAUCAAUUUUGAAACAGACGACUUUAAAAUGUUACCACUGGAUAUACAACAUGAAUUACUAACUGAAAUUAAAGAACGUUACAAGAGAAAAUGCUGGCUAGAGCAAGAAGAAAUACCUGAAAAUUCUGGUGAAUUUUCCAACUAUCAAGUAGCCCAACUUCUGAACAGAAGAAAAAUUCAACAGAAGUUGGAGGACGUACGGAAAACAAUGAGUCAGAGAAGUGCUGGAUCCAUUAAGGAAAUGCAGUUACUAUAUCUAGAUUUAGAAGAGGAAGAAGAAAUAGCGGAAGGAAGACGUAUAAUGUCUGAAGAAAAUUCACAUUUUAUACUUUUAAAGCAGUCUAAAGUUUCUGGUAGUGGACUACCUACUGAUGAUUCAAAUCAAUUACUAAACAACAGAGAUUCAAAUGAAAUAGCUAUAAUAGAUGAUGUUAAAAAUUAUGAAAGUACAUCAAAAUCAAGUAAUAUAGAAAUUGCAGACCUUUCUGUUAUUGAAGAUAAAAAAGAAGUUGAAAUGUCAAAAAUUGACAGUGAAACAAAAACAUCUAUAGGUGAAUCUAAUAUUCAACAUUCUACAUCAUUAGAUAAAAUGAGUGUUAAUACAGAAAGCAUAAGUAAUGAUAAUAUCCAACAUAAAAUCAUGGAAAAAGAAGUUUUAUUGAAUAUUAUGGAUAAAGUAGAUGAUCAGGAUAUUUCAAAACCAGAUGUUCCUGUAAUAACUAUUCAGGAUAGAUUAGAUGAUGAUGGUGACAAAAUAAUAGCAGAAUCGCAAUCAAAAUUUAAUUUUUGUGAAGAGAGAGAGAAUGUUAAUAAACCUUUUGAUAGCUGUUUUACAGAUGAGAAAAAUGAAAUUUCUAUUAUUUCAAAUGAUACAAAAGUUGAUAAAGUACUUGACAACAGUAGCAAACAAAAUCAAGAUAAUUACAUUAAAAUAGAAACUUCUAAAGCUGUUAAAGAAUCUCAUAUAGGUGAGGAAUCGCCAACUGUUAUCACAAUUGAUAUAAAUAAGCCACCUACAGUGGAUGAUGAAUUAUUUCCUGCAUCUAUGUUUGAAGAACAUUUUAGUGAAAUAGGUGAACAUGUUGAAGGAAAGGAAAUGUCCAAGUUGUCUGUAACAAAUGACAAUUUGUCUUCUGAUGCAGUAAUUAAUAAAUCUUCAACUGAAAAUGUUGAACAAGAACAAAAGGAUGAAUGGGAAAUGUCAAUUGAUUUUGAAAAUAUGGAUGAAUUGGAAGCAAAUCUGAAAUUGUUACAAUCUGAACAACAAAGUCAAUAUAGAAGAACAUUAACUGUAACUGAACAUAUGUAUCAAGAAACAAAAGAAUUAUUAACAUUAUUUGGAAUUCCUUACGUCAAUAGCCCUGCAGAAGCAGAAGCACAAUGCGCCCAAUUGGAAAUUUUGUCACUUACAAAUGGAACAAUUACAGAUGACAGUGAUAUAUGGUUGUUUGGUGGACAGAAAGUGUACAAAAAUUUUUUUGUUCAGAAAAAACAUGUAGAAUUUUUUAGACAUAAUGAUAUCAAAUCACAUUUUAAUAUGGAUCGAGAUAAGUUAAUUGCAUUUGCCUUGCUGACUGGAAGUGACUACACUCAAGGCAUACGUGGUGUUGGUCCAGUAACUGCCAUGGAAAUCUUGAGUGAAUUUCCUGGAAAUGGUUUAGAAUCUCUUCAGAAUUUUAGAAAAUGGUGGGAAGGGUUUCAACAUGGCAAAGAACUGCCAAAAAAUUCUACAUUAGUGAAGUUACAAAAAUUGGAACUAAGUGAAGGAUUUCCAAGCAGCGUUGUGUAUAAUGCAUACAUUAACCCUGCUAUUGACCAGUCUGCAGAAUCUUUUUCAUGGGGUCAUCCUGACCUUGACAGUCUUAGAGAGUUUGCGGAAGAAAAAUUUGGUUGGAGCUUGAAAAAGGUUAAUGAAAUACUAUUGCCUGUUAUGAAGAAAAUUAAUGAAAAUCAGAUGCAAACAAGAAUUGACAGCUUUUUUACUAUUCAAUUAAACAAAAAGGAGAAUCUUUUCCCAAGUAAAAGGCUUCAAAAAGCAGUGAAAAAGAUGCUUCCGGGAAAGAAUGAUACUAUAGAUGAGCCGAAAAACAAAAGGAAAAGAUCGGAUCAGAAGAAAAAGAUUCUUACAAGAAAAAGAUCCAAGCAACAAUCAGAUAAAUCAGAUACAAGUAAAAAACAGCCUGUCGAAGUUAUCUUAUCAGAAGAAAGCUCAUCGAAUUCUUCGUAAGAAUGUAAAAUUUUUUUUAUAAAAUUGUGCAUGAAACAUUAAUGAAAUGACACACUAAUAUUUAUUAAAAAUAGAUUUUGAUAUAAUGGAGUAUAAUAAACUUUUUAUUUUAUAUUUAUAUUUAGUUUUAUGUCUGUGUUGAUAAAACACAGCUACAAAGUUACUCCAUGCAAUUGUUAAACUUGAGAGAGUAUUUUGUGAAUGGUUAAUGAUUUUUUUUUUGUUCCUCAGAAUCAUGAGAUAGAAAAUUUAUUUUUGAAAAUCUGUUAAAA